AUGCCCGGACCCCGCACACACAUACGCUGGACCACUGCUCAUGACCAACAGCUCCUCCGCAUGUACGACAUCGAGCAGAGGAGCUUUGUAGACAUCGCCCCUAUUCUCGAGCGUUCUGCUAUCGCAUGUCAACAGCGCUACUACUUGCUCAAGAAAGCCCGCGAAGGCUCAUUCGUGUACUGGACGGACAAGCUCGACGGCCAUAUCAUCGAUGGAAAGCGUCGCGGCCUUUCCUCAACGGCCAUCGCACUCGAAAUGGCCUCCCUGUCCAUGUCUGCUCGAGCGAUUUCCGAUCGCUGGUUUCAUUUGCAACAGUUGGAUCAGGUGCCAGAAGACGUGCUAGUGAUACAUCGACGUAAACAUAGCGUUGAGUGGAAUGCCGAAGAAGAUGAGAUUGUUGCGAAGAUGUGGAUUAGUGGUAUCGGUGAUGCCAAGAUAGCGGGAGAGGUGGGGCUUGAGGGUAGAUGUCAGGAAGAUGUGAGGAUCAGAAGGAUUGAAUUGGUCAAGGGAGGGGGCGGAGGUGUGUACAAGCGGCUACUUGGUGUAGAAAGCAAGGAGAUGACGGGGCUGGAGAAGGCGGUAGGAAAGGGCAAGUAUGGUUGGAUGAAGUAA